UUUAUUUUGAAACGGUGUUUUAACAACCCUCGGGCUUAUGUGCUCUCGGAAUUAUCGUAAAUACGAGUUUCCUGGGUAAAAAUUGCACAUGAACGCCCUCCCAUUUCUAAACUUGAAUGCAAUGAGCUCGUAAUCACGACUUCAGAAGUGGGAAUGAUCAAAUUUCCGAUAGCACGUGAAGGCAGCAAAACUCUCACUAAAGAGGGAAAUUAAUGUUUCCCGUAGAUUAAUACGUGUAUACAUAUUUUAAUGCAAGUCCAAUGGCAGCUGUGGGGACAUGGUCUUUCUCUCGUCCUGCAGUGGAGAGAAUGAGAUGUAUGCUGCUAGCUGGACAAAAUGCUACAGAUGUUGUAGAAACAGCAGUAGCAGAGGUUGAAGAUGAUGUAGACACGGGACGGCACAUUGUUGGCAGAGGAGGAUAUCCAAAUUUCAAGGGAGUGGUUGAAUGUGAUGCUGCAAUUAUGGAAGGUGCGCCAGGGAGAUUUGGGGCAGUGGCUGCACUGCGAGGUAUUGCACAGCCAUGUCGUGUAGCUCGCAAAGUAAUGGAGAAGAGUCCUCACAGCUUGCUUGUUGGAGAUGGAGCAGAAGCAUUUGCUAAGGAACUGGGUUUUACAUCUGAGGCCAAUGACAAUAUGCUCUCUCACCAUACAGCUACUGCUUACCGGGAAUUCCUUGAAAAAAAUAAACCUGUUGCAGGUGGGCAUGAUACAAUAGGCCUUAUUGCUCUCGAUCUAAGUGGUAACAUAACAGUAGGAGUUUCUACCUCAGGAGCUCCCUUCAAAUCACCAGGGAGGGUGGGGGAUUCUCCGCUUCCAGGCUGUGGUCUAUAUGCUGACCAUACAGUGGGUGCUGCAGCAGCUACUGGGGAUGGAGACAAAAUCAUGUGCUACUGCCCAAGCUUUCAUGUUGUGCAGCUGAUGAAACAAGGCUCAUCUCCUAAUGACGCCUGUCGUGCUGUGCUUGCCGACAUACAGAGGAGAAUAGGUGACGAUAAAUGCUUUGAAAUUGGCCUUAUUUCUUUGAAUAUGAAGGGAGAGGUCGGAGCUGCAUCCUCAGUGGAAUUUCCGUACGCAUUCUGGAACCAAGGACUGGAUUCAGUGGAGGAGCUAGUUAUUAACCAACAAAAACCCAUUAACAUUUAAUUUCUACUCAUUAAGUAUAUGGGAGGUCAUAAAACGUCAUUACUUUUGACAUUUAUGUUUAACUUUUCUAAGUGUUCUAUGAAAAAACACAUUGUUCAUUAUUCUUCAUAAUCAAUAAAAAGUUGGUGAUUUGG